AUGCCACGCACUCAUGCGGAUAAGGCUGCCUUCUGCAAGUUCAAGACAAAGUCGGCGUGCCACAAGGCUGCUUGUGGGUUCAUACACCAUGAUGAGGUUGAUGAAGACUGUGACCUCGGCCACUUGUGCAAGCGGAGGUAUUGUAAGCGUCGGCACCCACCACCGAUCUGCAAGCUCAGGCACAUGUGCGAAAAGCGGGGUUGUUUUUUCUUGCAUCCGAUGGUCGACCUUCGGGACAGACCCAAGUGCUGGUUCUUGCAACAGGCUGGCGCACCAUUAUUGCAAGCAAUCAUUACGAACUUGACCGGAAACAACAGUAUCACUACAGUUGCUGAUGCACGCAGGCAGCAAGUUCAUAUUCGCGGCGGUACGGCGGAAGAGCGCGUCAAGGCUGCUGACUUGUGCAAAACAGUUUUCAACCUCGUAUCAUGCGUAAGAUUUCCAUUCCCUGGCCGCUCAAAGGAGGACCUCAAACGCAAUCAGGCACCACUCCAGCUCGCAAAGCAGAAUGACAUCGCACUCUUCUACAGUGAUGAGGAGGUCGUCAUGGUGUACUGGGAUGCAGUGCGGCGCCCACCUGAGGAGGUGCUGGCUGAAGUGAAGGAGCUGCUCAUCGCGUCAUCAGCCGAACAGCGCGACCGUGAACACGUCCAAAUCCGAGAUGCACCCAAGAGCUUGUUUUUGCGCGACGCCGGUGCUUCUUGGCUUAGAGUGACCGUUGCAGCCGCUGCUCCCGACGUGGCUGUGUCCGUUGACCCACGAACUCAGCGUGUAUUCAUCAACGGAGGUACAGCUGCUGCUCGGAAACGCGCUGCUCAGGCUUGCAAAACAUUCGUCCGGCAGCUGGUCAAGUCUGAAGAUGUGUUGCUGCCUGGCCUCUCCAAGGCCGACAUCAAGCGCAAUCAAGCUGCCAAUGACUGUGCGAAGCAGUAUGACGUGACGCUGUUCGUCGGUGAGGCCAAGGCAACGCUCGUGUAUUGCUCCACAAAUCAGCGGUCUCUGGGUGCCCUGCCACGCAUCAAGGAACUGCUGCAAACCCCAACUCAGCACCCGCCUCAGCACCCAGCAAUUGUGACCCAAACUGUUACAGUCCCGAACGAACGCGCCCUUAUCCCCGUGAUUAAGGCUGUGCGACCCGCUCUCCCUGAGUAUGUCUCCACGCAAUUUCCCCAGACCAAGCUCAACAUUGAGUUUCGGCACAGCGACCUCCCAGUUAUGACGUUGAGCGGGCCCAGCACGCAAGUGGGCAGAGCUGCGGCAGCAAUCACGGCGUUUUUAAAGGGUGUGGUCGUUCACAAGACGAGCGCCCCACACCCAGGUCCCACGGCGCAAGCUGCUCUGGAGAGGUUGCUGAAGGCAAAAGUCUCUCAGCUCAACACCAGAUUCAAGCAAGGCAAUCACAAGUCUGUGCAGCACAAGGGGUCGCCAGGCAAGAGCAAGAAGUCGCCACGUGUCUUGAUUGCGUUCAACGUCGCUGAAACGAGAGUCAUGCAUUCGCUUCUGCGCGUGCACUUGACGGGCCCAACCGAAGCAAGCAAGGACCUCGAGCGGCUUUCCAAGACCGUGCAAGACUUUAUUCAUGACUUCACCUCCCAAACGAUCUCAGCACCCAGCAAAGAACUGUAUAACGCGCUCAAACCCGUCUUUCUCAAGCACAGCGUGGCCGCGCAAUGGGUCGGCGACGACUGCAGCAUUGUGCUGUCAGGAGCCAAGCAAAGCGUGAAUACGGCCAGGCAACUCCUUCAACGUGACAAUGGCAGCACUGGAACGCCUGGCGGACAGGCAAGUUGUGCUACGUCCCUUCCACCCACUCUUGGCAGCGGCGUAUCUUCAAGCCCAACAACACGCAAACUCCUUGCGUCUACUAGCAUCGUUGCCAGUGCUCUUCUGCUUCCCAAGAAUGUUGGCCGCCUGAAGAGUUUGCUCGAGGAUGCGAUUGGGGCCAAUGCUGGAGUGCGGGCGGAGCCGUGCUUGCAGAAUCAAGAGCCUUCGCGCGAGGUGGCCAGGCUGGUUGGCACAAAGGAUGUGGUGGUGCCAGCACACAAGAUGGCCGAGCAGAAGCUGCUGCAGCUGGAGCAAGACAUGCUCACGGAGAACAUCGAGCUCGACACGGCCGAGCUUGGCGUGUUCAAACGCCAGGAGGGGCGUGGCCUGAUGAGGAGCGCACGUGACAUGGGCGUCGUUGUGCUGAGCCCACGUGCCGCGCACAAGAUGCUCGAGGCAGAUAUUCACCAAGCAUUAUCACAGUGCACGGCAAAGGCAACCCGACCAGUCCACGUGCUGACAGCGAAUAUCUCCAGCUCUUCAAGGCCGGCUCAAGUUGACGUGGUGUGCGGGGAUUUCAAGGGCAUGCGCGUUGAUGUCAUUGUCAACGCCGCAAACGAGGAUCUGAUGCAUGGUGGUGGCAUUGCUUUGGCCAUCGCCGAGGCCGCGGGUCUCCAGUUCUCGGACGAGUGCCAGAAGUCUGUGGCCGCGCACGGCCGCGUGCGUGCAGGCACAGCACGCCACACCUCGUCGGGUGACUUGGCCAAGUCGACGCAGAUCAAGCACGUGCUGCACGCCGUGGCGCCAAUUUACAGUGGUGACGGCGGCAGUGGUGGUGGCAAAUCAUUCUUGACGUCUGCCCUGGCUUCGCUGCCCAAGCUCGGGUUUGGCGGAGAUACUCAGGCGCAACUGAGUGCGUCGCUGCGCGCGUGUGUGCAAGAGGCGAUCCGGCUUGCUGGGCGCCUCCCUGAUGUGAGCUCCAUUGGCAUCCCAGCGAUUGGGUCUGGCGUGUUUGGAUGGCCAGAAGCAGAGGCAACGCGGGAGAUUGUCAAGGCGGUGGUGGCGUCGGUGAACAGCGGCAGCCUGGGCAACAUCAAGCGCGUUGUGCUGUUUGACGCAAUGCAAGCCAAGGCAAGCGCGUUUGCAGCGGCUGUGGGAACCUCUAUGGCGCUUUGCGGACGCCGCGAUGCGCAGAUCAAGCACGUGCUGCACGCCGUGGCGCAAUUUACAGUGGUGACGGCGGCAGUGGUGCUCGGGUUUGGCGGAGAUACUCAGGCGCAACUGAGUGCGUCGCUGCGCGCGUGUGUGCAAGAGGCGAUCCGGCUUGCUGGGCGCCUCCCUGAUGUGAGCUCCAUUGGCAUCCCAGCGAUUGGGUCUGGCGUGUUUGGAUGGCCAGAAGCAGAGGCAACGCGGGAGAUUGUCAAGGCGGUGGUGGCGUCGGUGAACAGCGGCAGCCUGGGCAACAUCAAGCGCGUUGUGCUGUUUGACGCAAUGCAAGCCAAGGCAAGCGCGUUUGCAGCGGCUGUGAAGGCGCUUGCUGAGCGCGACGGUGCUGGCAGCAAGAGCAGCAGCAGCACGACCAGCAGCACGAGCACGACCAGCAGCAGUGCUUCGUACCAUGUCCCACGUGUGCUGGAGAAGCCAGAGUACGUGUGGAUGUGGCGGUUCCAUGAGCGCGACCGGUGGGUGAUGUAUGACUGGGACCAGCAGGUGCAGAUUGAGCAGGCACACGGGGCGGGUCGUCAAGAUGACUUCCGCAUCAGCGGUGACCGUGGCGGCGUUCGCUCUGAUUCCAAGCACAUUCCUGAGGGGGAGAAGUAUCCCGUGUACUUUGUGAACCUGGCGAAGAUGACACAGCGCAACGCCAAGUCCAACUUCGAGCGACGCAUCCAACGUGUUCGCUGGACAGAAGGCAUGCCGCUUCCGCCGCUGUUUGAGGAGCGGCGACAGGAGGCGCUUGCGCUCGCACAGGCGCAGCGCCGUGCACAUCAUUCGUCCUGGUUCUCCUUUGCCUCGACCACUUCAUCGUCAGCGGCGCGACCGAUGCCAUCGAGUGGUAUCAGCAACAGCGGCGGCAGCAACAACAGCGCGCGCAUUGUGAAUGUGCGCAAGCCAGAAAUGGGAACACCGUACGUCACUGGCAAGGCGCCCAAGCCGUCGUCCAUCACAUCCACGGCAGCCCUGCCGAAGAAAGGCUUCGUGCUGUGUGGACCCAGGGCAAAGGUGCAGGCAGUGAAGGACAAGUGGACGAGCGAACUGCACGACAUGUGGCAACAGUCGGAAAUCAAGUUGUUUGAGAACGACCGCGAGCACAACGAGCGCCUUCUUGACCACAAGGAUGUGCGUGCUGCCAUUGCCAAGCACGGUGCCAAGAUCCGCGUGAACCCUGCUGGCAACAUUGUCCUCGAGUACGUGACUGAGUCUGCCUUCUAUGAGAUCAACAGCACGAUGGUGAAGCUGGUCGAGGAGAUCAAGGUGCCACGCACGUGGACGACGAUGAAGGAUCCUCGCAGCGUGGAGGUGGUGCCGGUGCCUGCAGGCACGCAGGAGUAUCAGGACGUGGUGGAGAUUUUCUUACGAGGCGGCUUCACGAAAACUGUGCUCAAGGUGGAGCGCGUGCAGAACAAGUUCUUGUGGGAUGCUUAUUUCGACAAGCGCAGAUGGCUGAAUCGCCACAGUGGCGGCGCCAACGAGAAGCACAUGUUCCACGGCACCCGUAGUGUUGAGCCGAACAAAAUUGUCAAGGACAGCUUCGACUUUCGCCACGCGCGCGCGGGCAUGUUUGGUCGCGGUGCCUAUUUCGCCGAGUACAUGUCUUACAGCGACAGCUAUGCCUUUCCCGUGCAGCCCCCCACCAUGAACCACUUCUCCUCGCGCUAUGGCACCGGAGCAGGCGUGCGGCAGGUGUUCAUUGCACGUGUGGCGGCCGGAAAAGUGGAAGAGCGAUCGUCAGACAGCUCCAUUGUUCGCCCUUCUGAUGGGUACGAUUCUGUUACAGGCACGGUGUCGGCCAAUCACAAGGCCAUCAUCAUCUACGACUUGCAGCAGGCCUACCCAGAGUACCUGAUCACGUACAGCGCCUGA